UUGAUUCCAGUUAAUUCGUUGUGUCAGCUAUUCUGUUGUUCAUUUUAUCUUGUAUCCAUUUUCAUAACUAAAUAAUUGGAGGCUAAGAUGCACUCAAGCGUCCUCCUAUAUUUUCCUCUACUGCCCCUACUACCAGCACUCGCAAUCAGAAGCGGCCCGCAUCAGCUACGAGAUCUCUACGCCUAUCCAAAGUACCAAGUCCAAUUUCUCAACGACUUGCCCGUGUCAACCAGUGAUGCUAAGAGAAUAAAGGAAGUGGGCGUUGGUAGCGAAAUAGAGUGGCUAGAUAUGAAACCUGGGGACAGAAGUCUCGAGGAUGGCACUAAAAGGGAGAGGCUAGAGUUGAUUCCAAUGAGCUUUGUUCCGGCGGGCCACGAAGAAGAUCCAUCUCCCUACGAGUAUCUCUGCUUAAUGCCAUCAAAUAAUAGCACCGCCUCACAAAUGGCAAGAAUAGAUCAGCUUGAGGAAGUGGAGGACGAGUUAGACCCUGUUCAAGGGUGGAAAGCUUUAGCUCACCUAGACGGGAAAUGUCUUUACUCAAAGCAAGGAUGGUUUACUUAUGCCUACUGCCACGAUUCCUACAUUCGACAGUUUCGGGCAGCUGCUAAUCCCCAUACCCACCCUACGCAGGGCUAUGUCCCUCAGGAAGACCCCAAAUACGAAGGCUACACUCUCGGUCGCCCCUACCCGGUAUCCAAGUUCAAAGGAUCCAGGGUGAAAGCGAAGGGCGGUAAGCCAGGAUCUCCUGCCAAGGCAGAAGACCGAUCAACUGCUGUCGAAACUACUGCCAAUGCUCCCCAUACUCAAUCAUCUCCUUCCGUGUCUUUUGGCCUCGGCGCUUCUUCACGUUACCUGGUCCAACGCUGGAGUGAUGGUACAAGAUGCGACAAAACUGGUCGUCCUCGAGAGAUUGAGGUGCAGGUACAUUGCUCAAUGACCUCUGGGGAUAUGAUCUACAUGAUUAAAGAGGUUGCCAUAUGCCAAUACGUUAUCAUCAUUCAUUCACCACAUCUGUGCGGACUACCUGGUUUCAAAGCACAUGAUGCCGAGGUUGAACCGGCUAACGUAAUGUGCCGACAGGUGGUGGACGAUGAGGAGUGGGCGAAAUGGGAGAACGAAGUUAGAGAUGGAACAGCAGGCGCGAAUGAACCUCAGCCUCAGGAAAUCGAAGAGGGGAAACAGACGAGAAGGUUAGAACAAUCAUCGUUCUCUAAAUGGCCUGGAAAAGGGCAACCUCAGUUCAGAUUCGGACUUGCAGCCGCAAGAGAGCGCCCAGCUGGAGAUGAAGUCAGCCAUGAACAGUCCGGUGUAGAUGAAACGGGAGAAACGGGAGACCAAGCCAGCGAGUCCAUUCCGGCUGAUAUUAUCUUUGGUCUUGAUAUGGACGAGGAUAUGAAGAGCAUGCUCAGGCGUGCUGUUGGAUUACUGGCAAAGGAGGCCAGGAGUGAAAAGCGAGACAAUGGUGAUGAGGAAGAAGCAGACGGAGAUGAAGUUGUCUUGAUCUCAUGGGACGAAGAUGAAAACGGGCGGCCGGUGCUGCUGGAAGCAGAUAUCCUCUUAAAGGACGAAGAUGGAGAGAUUAAGCUGGAAAUGGGUGCAAGCGAAAAGGAUAUGCUUAAGAAGGUAUUGAGAGAUUACAUGCUUAAGGCAAACCACGAAGAAGAAGAGCAAAGAAAGCGGGUUGUCGAUGAGUUAUGACUUUCAUGACUGUAAAAUAUGUAUUGAAUUCUUCAGGACAAUAUAUAUUUGACAUCUCUGAACUGCUUCCAAGUAGGUGGCCCUCACUAUAUUUGAAACAGAAAACUGUAGAUUCCAUACAACCAUACACAGAACAACUCCAAGAUGACAACAUUAAUACAGCAGAUAACCAAUGUAAUGUUUCUAAUACGCUUCUUCAUCUUCCUCGUCUUCCCCCAGCUCAAAUGCCUCACCGGCCACAACCCUUCCCCAUCCGUACCUGGGUCUAUCGACGGGUUCAGCAUCAACUGUGGCUGCCUUCUUUCCCUUGUUUUGUCCCAAAAGAGCAGCCUCUUCCCUAUCGCCAGACCGCUGUUCAGAUACCAACGACUUGACUUCGGGCAUAGGGAAGAUCAACCCCAUAAUUCUCUUCAAAAUGAUCCAGCUCGCGGUCCAAGCUAGAGUGAUAAUUGUCCAGGAAGCAUAGCAUUGUAUAGCCGAAUCUUCAGGAUCAGCAUCUUCGCGUGGGGAGGGAGCUGCGCUGGAAGCUGGAUUGGAGCAUGGACGGUAGGGGAUAUCGGGAAAGAGGGUAAAAAGGACGGCGGCCACUGCGGUAAAAGUCAGUUGGCGAUAUCACUCAUAACUGCCAUGAACGGAAAACGUACGGGGCCAAAGAAGGAAGAAAAUUGCUGCAGUGGCAACUUCGAAUGCACGGACCUGUCGGG